AUGCCUGAAGACGAGGCUAUUCAGUUUGUAGUAUUACAUUUGGAUGGUGUGGCUUAUGACCGGUGGCAUCAUGGUUUGGUUACCCAGAACCAUGGACUCAUUCAUUCUUACAGGGAGUUUAUUGAGCGGUUGAUUUCUAGAUUUGACCUUAAGGAUGUUGAGUUAUAUUACAAAGAGCUUGCACUGUUGCGACAGACUGGAUAUGUUGAAACUUAUAUUAAUGAGUUUCAACACAUUGUUGUUAUGGUUCCAAAGAUGCAAGAUAGAUGUGUGGUGAUGCUUUUCAUUGAGGGGUUACAUGACAGGUUACGAGGUUUGGUCAAGGCUCUUAAGCCUAAGACAUUACAUGAGGCUAUUCAGACUACCUUAGACCUUGAUACUUCACCACCACCUACUUCUUAUCAAUCGAAUAGGAAGUUUUCUGGGGGCUCCAAGCCUUUUCAGAGGUUUUCUACAAAGCACAAGAGUACACCACCUCCUCCCAGGAUGGAUUAG